UAACGCAUUGUAAGUAUUGCAAUAGUAAACAUAAUACUCUUUUGCACACCGAAGAGUCUAAGCCUACUUCGUUUCAAGACCCGAUGCCUAGUAGUUCUAGUGUCGCAUUGCCUAUUCACCAUUCUUCAUCAUCCAUUGCUUGCGCUAAUCAAAAUAAUAUCGCUUUGUCAAGUAAUACUCCCAUACAACCUACUACUUCUUCGCAUGUUUUACUGUCCACAGCUAUGGUGAAAGUGAUUGACGACAACGGCAACAGCAUGGACGCACGGCUUCUACUCGAUAACGGCAGUACGGCUAACUUUAUAACGCAGUCGCUAUGCAGUAAGCUAAAAUUACCUACACGUUCCGUAAGUUCUGAAAUUAAUGGCAUUAAUAAUCAAUCGUUAACUAGUACCCAAGCUUGCAACCUAACAAUCCAGUCCCAGUGUUGUAGGUAUAGAACGAAUAUAGAUUGUUAUAUAUUACCGGAGAUAACUAAAAUACUUCCUUCUACUUUAAUAGACGUCAGUCAACUUUCGAUGCCCGCAGAUCUACAUCUAGCUGACCCUACGUUUAACAUACCGUCAGUGGUCGAUAUUCUCGUUGGGGCUGAAGUUUUCUGGGAUGUUAUAUGCAAUAAAUCAAUUAACCUAGGGAAACACAAGCCUAAGUUAGUCAAAUCAAAAUUAGGUUGGAUUGUUACAGGCCAACUACCGAUACAGACAACAUCAAAUUUUACGCAUUCUUGUAACUUGUCUAUAAGAGAUCUGGACAACAAUUUGAAAAGUGUCGACUAUGCCGGACCUAUACUGAUAGCUGACCGGAAAGGACGAGGGUAUCUGUCUAAGGAAGGCUACAUGUCAGCCUAGAACCGUUUCGUGGCUCGUCGGGGCAAACCUCAGUCCAUCCUGUCAGACAAUGCAACGAACUUUGUUGGAGUUUCCAACGAGUUGGAACAAUUUUUGCAGACUUCAAACCUCCCGUCGGAGGCCGCUCAGCAGGGUAUUAAAUUUUCCUUUGCCCCUCCAUAUUCUCCACAUUUCAACGGCAUUGCUGA